GAGUAGAAGUAUAUAAAAGAACGUCAGAAAAGUGCACGAGUAAGUUGUUCUGAUCCAAACAGCAAAUCAAGUCAAUUUCAUUAUUAUAUUCGUAAAACACAAUGGAAUUGCUACGCAGUUACAGUUUUCUUUUUAUAACUCUAACAAUUGUUGUCUUAACUAACGCGCAGAAUGAUUAUUGUAAGAUUUGUCGUGAUCACACAAUGUGCCGUUUCACAAACCCAAGACCAGUUUGUAAUGCAAGAGUAUCUUCACUUACAUCUGCACAACGAAACGAAAUUGUAAAUGUGCAUAAUGAAUAUAGACGAAAAGUAGCUUCAGGUAAUGAAAGACGAGGAAGACCUGGACCACAACCACGAGCCAGAAAUAUGCCAAAUAUGGUUUGGGAUAAUGAAAUAGCAAGUAUAGCACAAAGGUGGGCUAAUCAAUGCAAAUUUGAUCAUGACAAAUGUCGAUCUGUUCGACGUUUUGGAGUUGGUCAGAAUAUUGCUUUGGCAUGGACAACGGGCUCGAAUCCUUCAUCAAUAAGAGAUUUAAUAACAAUGUGGUAUAAUGAGGUAGCACUAUUCAACCGUAACCAAGUUGAACGAUAUGUAUUCAGUGCUGAUACUGGACAUUACACGCAAAUGUUAUGGGCAACAAGUACGAACAUUGGCUGUGGAUAUGUUAAUUAUAUGGAUGGAAAUAAAAACACUGUUUACUUAGUUUGCAAUUAUGGGCCAGCGGGUAACAUCAUAGGAGGUAAAAUGUACGAAGUUGCACGUUAAAUAGACUUGUUUUAUUUAAAAUAGUAUUUUCUUUUUAACGUUAACAAGUACUUUUGUAAAUGAAAAAUAAAUAUACCUAAAAAAUUA